AUGCAUGGUAGAGUGGUUGUUGGAGCCAGGAGCUUGUUCAACAACGAGGAGAUGUUGUCGGAAGCCAUUCCAGGUGCAGAAGUUCUGGCAUUCCUCAGCAUCAAGCCCGUUGUGUGCUCCAGCUUCUCAACAUCCGGCUGCCAGCUGCAAGAUUUGAAAAUGGUGGAAAUUCAAGGAGACGCGAUUGCGAUUGAGGAUUAUGCCUUCCAAGGCUGCAGCUCAUUGGCAAGAGUGACCAUUCCCAACUCCGUGACUAGGCUUGGAGAUUGUGCCUUUGAAGGUUGCAGCUCAUUGGCAAGCGUGACCAUUCCCAACUCCGUGACUGAGAUUGGAUUGUGUGCCUUCAGCAGCUGCAGCUCAUUGUCAAGCGUGGCCAUUCCCGACUCCGUGACUGGGCUUGGAGAUUGUGCCUUUGAAGGCUGCAGCUCAUUGGCAAGCGUUACCAUUCCCAACUCCUUGACUAAUAUGGGAGAUUGUGCCUUCAGAGGCUGCAGUUCAUUGGCAAGCGUGACCAUUCCCGACUCUGUGACUGAGCUUGGAGAUUAUGCAUUUGAAGGCUGCAGGUCAUUGGCAAGCGUGACCAUUCCCAACUCCGUGACUGGGAUUGGAGCUGCUGCCUUUUCAGGCUGCAGCUCAUUGGCAGGGGUGACCAUGCCCGACUCCGUGACUUAUAUUGGAGAACGAGUCUUUGAAGGCUGCAUAUUCCUCUUGGAGUCAGAAGGGACAUGA